GAAUAGAACACACCAAUACCACACAGGCAUCUUGAAGGCAAGUCCUCUGUAUUUUUAUUCAAUUGAUGUGACAUACUUGAUUUUGGUUAUUCUUUUAGUUCACAGAACACUUGUGAAUUAGGUAAAUGCAUUUUCUUUCAAAUAUAUAUUAGUACAGAAAUGUUCAGGUGUUUAAAAUUAAAUGACAUGAUAAAAUGAUAGUUACACAGUUUAACCAUUGAAAUACCCAAGCAACUAUAUAAAACAGAAAAUUCAGAACACCUUUGUGGAACAACUCCACAAACAGCUUCAAGCAAAUGGACUGCGUCCAACAUAUUGACUCAGCAAAAGUCAAUGAAGGAGACAAAAAGGACGUAGAGCUACAAAAUCAAAGGGACAAAUUCAUAGAGGGACAAAGACUCCUAAUCCUCACCAAUGAGCAGCCGUGGAAACCAUGGAAACGGUCCCGCUCCUGGGUAAAAGACUUUCUUGUGAGGGUCAGAUGUGUCAUGGGUUCCCUGAUGGGUAUGGAGUGGUACUGUUUCGCUGCUCUCGGGAUUCUGACCGCCUUCCUUAGUUUUCUCAUGGACCUGAGUGUGGCAAAGCUGCUUCGAGCUCACCAGUGGUUGUAUAGUCAGUUGGAGGGCCACUGUCUCCUGCAGUUCCUGUGCUGGACCCUGUACCCAGUCUCACUCUCUGCUCUAUCCACAUCUUUCUCUCAAAGCAUCUGUCCAUUCUCAGCAGGUUCUGGGGUUCCAGAGGUGAGGACCAUACUGUCUGGUGUGGACAUGCCACAUUACCUGUCCCUCACCAACCUAUUUGCCAAAUACGUGGGUCUCAUCUGCACACUGGCAGCCGGCAGCACUGUCUUCCUGGGAAAAGUGGGUCCAUUUGUGCAUCUCUCCACCAUGGUGGGAGCCUAUCUGAACCAACUCUGCACUGUUCUCCGUGGUGAGAAGGAGGAGAGAACUGAAGGAGCGAUGCUGGUCGUGGCUGCUGCUGUUGGAGUAGCCAGCUGCUUCGGGGCCCCUAUCAGUGGUGUGUUGUUUAGUGUGGAGGUGAUGAGCUCUCACUUCGCCCUAAAAGAUUACUGCCCAUGCUUCUUUGCGGCAGCCUGCGGAGCGCUCACCUUCCAUCUGCUCUCCAUGUGGAGCGGCGAGCAAGAGACUCUUCAGGCCUUGUUUCAAACCAGCUUCUCAGAAGACCUGCCGUUCUACCCACUGGAAAUUCUGGUCUUUGCAAUAUUGGGGCUUUUGUGCGGAGCAGGUAGCUGUGUUUACCUAUUCUGUCACCGUUGGAUACUGCUGUUCAUAAAGACAAACAAAAUCCUAAUCAAAGUCUUGUCGACUGAGAAGGCCCUAUACUCCGCUAUGGUGGUGUUCCUUCUGGCAUCUGUGACUUUCCCUCUUUCUGCUGGUCAAUAUAUGGCUUCCAAGCUCACCAUUAAGCAGCUCCUCUCUUCCCUCCUGGACAGCAGGCAGUGGACCUCUCAAUCCCACAAUGCCUCUGUGGUUUUGCAGCCAAACUUGUGUCCCUGGUCAGAGUGGAUUCCUUCAGGGAAUCCAUACCUCACUCUGGGAUUCUUCCUAUUCAUGAAGCUGUGGAUGUUGGUGUUGGCUUGCACCUUACCCCUGCCAGCCGGAUACUUUAUGCCUGUCUUUAUCUAUGGUGCUGCUAUAGGACGUUUAUUCGGGGAAGGAUUGGCAUUUGUGUCCCUAAAUGGUGUCUAUUUAGACCAGGACAGGAAUCCAAUCAACCCUGGAGGCUAUGCACUGGCUGGUGCAGCAGCAUUCUCAGGAGCGGUCACACACACGCUGUCCCCUGCUCUCCUGGCUCUGGAGCUGACCGGCCAGUCCACUCACGCCGCACCCAUUCUCCUCGCCACACUGGUGGCCAAUGCCCUGGCACGCUCUGGGCAGCGGCCAUCCUUCUACGAUGCCCUCUCCAUCAGCAAGAAGCUCCCGCACUUACCCUCCCUGCUCAAGGUCUGCCCAAGGCUCUCCUCUGUCCCAAUAGGGAAGGUCCUGGGUCCUGGAGGUCCAGUGCUGGAGAGGACAGCUGGGCCAACGGAGGUUCAGCAGGUUCUCAACACCUGCAGCCAGACACAAAUCCCUGUGGUUGACACACUGGACUCACGGAUUCUGCUGGGAUCAAUUAACAGAUCGGACCUGCAGACAUUUCUAUGCCACAACCACAAUAAGGUAUUGAAGAAACAGUUGGUGGAUAUGUGUUCUAUUCGGCCUGUUUCUGUCCAGCUCUCUCCUGAUACCACUGUCCAGGAGGCUCAUGGGGUCCUCAGUGUGCUGUGUGGCGAGAGCUUGUUUGUGACUGAAAGGGGGAGGCUAUCUGGUGUUGUCACAUGGCCAGAGAUGAAGAGAAUGAUGGCAGAUUUGGCUGAUGACCUCUAAGCUAUUAUUUACUCCCAACAAGGACCUAUCCCUAACUACGCCAAAUAAUAUUGAUUCUCAUAAUGCUAAUAAUGAUACUUUGUCUUAAUUUUGUAAUGAUAAGCUUUUUGCUAAUCACCAAUGUUAUGUUCUGCUGGAGGAGAUGUAACUCCCUUGCGGUUUUGGACUAUCAUGUUUACUGACCCAGAGAUAUCUCUAAGGACACUGUGAUAUUCAAAGUAAUUACACGUUGUGCUCAAGAACAUCCCUUAGCCUUAGUGUGUUAUUUAUCAGGAUAUUGCAUGUGCUCUUAUGCCUUAUUGUGAGUUAGAGCAACUUCAACCAAUAGUGGAUUCUGUGAUGCCGCAAACAACUUCUCUUCUGCUUCAGGCCAUUAUUUACUUAUCUGUUGCUCCCAGCAAUUUUCUCCCUUCAAUUCAGUCCUUUUUCACUUUGAGCAGAAGGACCCGUUGUUGUUGUACAGGUCUGAUUUAGGGCUAGAUUCUAUGAGAUCCACGGUAGCCGACACACACAUAGUGGUUGUUUUGGCGGUGUCGCAGGUGAAACUGUGUUAGAGCUAUCACAUCCACAAGCGGCUUUCGGCAUUAUACUUAAAGCGGACAUUGCCAUUGGCUAAAUGGAGUCGCAUUAAGAGAAAUCUCAUGCAGCCUUGUUUACAAGUUCGAACACUGGAAUGUGAGAUGUAAUCUACACCUCAAUUAGGCUGAUAGGAAUCCUCAUUAUUUUGUUUAAUGAUUUUCAAUUUGAUAUAUAGCCUACACUUUCUCGUUCUGAACUUCUAACGCGAGUGGGACGGGUCUGGCUUAGUGACAAUGACCCCACAAGCAGCUGCUCAGCGAUUUGACAGCUCUAACACAGUUACACCUACGCCAUCUCCGCAAUUGGACUUUGUAGGGCUGCAACAGCGGAACAAAAGCACAGACCCAAUGUGUACUACAGCAUUGUGUAAAUGUCUAUUGAAAGAACAAGGGGCGAGAUAACGGUAAUAUUCUAGUCUCCCUUUAUCUCCCUGUCUCUCUCUCUUUCUUUCUCACUCUCUCUUUUCCUUGGAUGCUUCCUUCUGCUCCCUCUUCCCUCUCUCCCUAGCAGACAAGUGUGAAUAAUGUCUAAUCAUAGAUGGGGACUCAGAUAAUUGGGUACACACAUUAUGUCUGCCACCCUACCCUCUCUCCCUCUCUCCUAGUCUCAGAGAGCUAUAGGAAGACCCUGAGUGGAGACAUUCUGGAGUGUAACGCUAAUUCAAGCUUGACAUUUCAUUGUGGCAAUUUUUUCUGAUUAUCUAUCUUUUCAGUCCAUUUAAUUGAAAUUGGAUUAAAUCAAAAACUGCAAUGUGAAUGAGCAACUCCACCAUAUGUGUCACAUAAUUGAACGUAUUAUGGUACAAUGCACACAAUAUAUACACAAAGAAGAAUAGUUAUUCUUGACUGAUGUAUUUUCCUAUGUACAAUUCCAUGGUUCACAUGAUUUGACAAUUUACAAUGUUGUACACUCAAAAAAGUUUCUCAAAGGCUACAGGUGGUUUUGCGUACACCGUAUCUGUGUCUAAAACCUGUACAUUUCAACUGAAAAUAAAAAGUCUCACUCAGAUAUGUCUACAUCCCAA